AUGUCACUGAUUCUGACAUCAUGUACCAUGGGGAAGCAACCUGAAAGGCUGCUCAUAAAAGGCCCUCAGUACCUGCGUACACGGAGUACUUCUGGACUGUUUGCCCAGGGUAAGAAAAGUGCCGCGGAACUGCUUGCGGAGAGCAAGUCGCAGUUUUACAGUAGCCGAAGCACCGUAGAUCUCAGCCUGCAGCAGGACCUAACUGUGUCGGUAGGCCAAGGUCAAAGGUUG